AGAAGUUGAGCCAUCGAAACAUUAAAUAGCGCCAAACAGCAAAACCCGCCAGUUCCCUCUUGGAUACCGUGUUCAACACUUGCCUUAUAGUUGGUUGUCUUUUUACCACGAGGAGGAGUCUCUCUCUUUGAACACUCUCUUGUGUGAACUUUGUGGACAAUCAAUCGCACCCACUGUGAAGAAAACUCUUCAAUUUGCAAAGUCACAGAAACACACGCAAAAAAAUUUAUAAUCAUCCAUAAGAAAACAUUUAAAAGAAGAAAAUUUGAAGCACUCUGAUAUAAAGCAAAUUUAGCUCAAGUCCAACAAUGAAUAUAGAAAUUUCGCACCUCAAAAUGGCAAAUUCCGGUGAAACAGGAACAGGAGUUGAUUCGGCGUACAAGAAUAAUUACGUGACGGGUGCCAACAAAUACUGGCCAACACUUUUCAAACUAUUCGAAUUGGCACUUGCAAUUGUCUGCAUCGGAUUGCUCGAUGAUCCCGCCAACAAUACCCAUUACCGGACAUUUGUAACACAGCGCACAAUUGCCCUGUGCUAUGCCACCUUUGGGGCCUACAUCAUUAUCUCCGGAGCCUAUUUACUGGGGAAGGUCUUCCAGGACACAAUGACAUGGAAGACAGCAGCUCUGCUAAACUUCAUUGGGGCCAUUCUUUUCGUCGCAUGUGGGGCUGCCCUUCUGCGUGACUGGUCAGAGACGAAAAAUCGCAACUACUGGCAUCCAAACACCCAACGAAUGGACCUUCUCUGUGCCGCUGGAUCCGUCGCCGUUGUUGCCGCUGUGGUCUUCCUCGUUGAUCUCCUGGCAACAUUGCGACAAGGAGUUCGCGGCUACUUGGAAUAGGCACACACCUACACAUCAUCCCUUUCGCGAAUCUUCCCCGUAGAAACACUUCUGGAGAAUAUUUCUCACAGAAUGUUUGUUUUUUGUAAUCUUAAAAAUUCACACGCGAAUAUCAUUCCUUCCCUUUUUCUUCAAUCACUUAAUGACGAUUUCUUGUAGCAUAUUUUUGCAAAAAAAAUGCAAAAUAUUUUGUAGAGAGCACAAUUUUUUUUAAAGUUAUAAAAUAAGUGAAAAAGACGAUUAAAAGAAAAACGAUUAGAACGUCCAGAAAUUCCGUCCAUUUGUCUCACGUAAAAUUUUCCCUUUACCUCUGAGAUGGAGGUUAAAGUAAUUAAAAAAAAAAGAGAAAAUAUUAAUGAAUAUUUAUUUUAAAGAUGAAGUUUAAUUAAAUAAAAAUCGUACAAAUUAGAUUUGAGUGUUUUUUUUUUACUUGAAUUUCAUGAUUUUUAUUCUAUUUAAUUUACUUCUAAUUUGUUAGAUUUCUGCGACAUUUUUCAUAAUUUUUUAAACGUUUAUGGACCUGAUGAAGGGUCUGAAGAUGGUUCAAAAAAUUAAUAAACUUCCAAUUCAUUUUUCCUGAUUUAUAAACAGUUAAAAAAAAUCAUUUCUAAAUUCUUUUCAACUUUUCCUCCAUCUCAGAAAAGAACUUUUCAUGUUAAGAAUUUUUUUUCUCGAGAAGAAAUACCAAAUAGUAGAUAUUUAAGAUGAAAAUAAAUCACAUCUUGAGACGAUUAAUGUACAAAUAAAAGCCCCCCUCAAAAGGGGGGCAAAUCAACAUA